AUGGCUCGCUUUGCCGACCUUCCUACUGAGCUCGAGCUCCAGAUCGCGUCACAUCUCUCCUCCAAAGAUCUCGCCUCCUAUGCCCGCAUCGGCAAAGUCCAAGCCAAGGUCGCACGCGAGCAUCUCUACUCCGCACCGACGAUCGAACAACCAGAUGAGGGGCAUCGGCUAAUGAUGCUGCUACGCACAUUGUUCGCCCGCCCUCAGCUCCUCACAAACAUACACUCGAUAUCGCUCGCUAUCGUGAACUGUACUAUGCCUUUCGGCCUCGGUUCGACAGCAGAGAGGGCCGAAGCUACACGCAUCGAUUGGGAUACGACUAACAAUGCCCGUUUUGUUGAGGUCGAUAGAAUUGUCGGCAGCCCUCAUUGCUUGGGAUACAAGGACGUGUAUGAGCAGCUCGUCUUCCGCCUCAAAAAAGUCAUGGGCAAUCAUGACUCCGAGCGAUCGCAAGUUUUCGGAAAGGCUCUUUCCUUCCACGCCGUGGCGCAUAGGCCCGGUGCGUUUCCCGAUGUUGAGCGAGCUACAUGUCAAGUGCGGACUCUUGAUCAAUAG